UGUGAGAAAAAACUAAACUCUGCUGCAACAGAUUCACUGGUUUCAUGGAUUUUCACACAGCACCUAAGAAAACCAUGAUGACCAAUUUAGGAUCGAAGAAGAGAGAGAAUGCAUCCAGAACGGAGAGAUACACGGACGACUUGCCAAAGCUGAGCAACGAGAUGCAGCUCAGCAUCAUGAACAAGGUGAAGAACGGAGAGCUGUCCAUCGAGGACGCUCUGGACCAGGCCAGGAGGGACCGGGAUCAGCUGCUCCAACAGCGGAGCCUGGACGAAGAGGAACAGAAACCGUCACAGUACAACUUCAGUGUUCACAAGCACGGACGCUACAGGUGGCAGAAGAGGGUUCUCCAGAUUGACUUCAACACCAAGAUGCUGUGCAGCAUAGAGAAAGGAAUCAUCAAGAGACAACUUCCCUUCUCCAUCGUGAAGAGCUGUGACGACGGCGUGGGCUCCAGGUUUUCUAUUUCCUUCAGAGGACAUCACGACUACGAGCUGGAGGCCACGUCCCUGGAGGACAAACACAAGAUGAUGCAGCUGGUGAAUCAGGUCAUCUACAGGAACAUAUACAGUGACCACGAGGAGGGAGCUGCAGAAGCUCAGCAGCAGCCUCAGGCCUCUCGGAGCCUCCGGGACGGCGUCCUGCUGCUGCACAGAGGAGGUCUGGCGUCUCUGAGAUGGGUGAAGUAUGAGGUCCAGCUUCACCCGGGGCAGCUCACACUCGUCCCCCUCAGGUGUCGAGGCCCGGCAGAGGGCGAGGUGGCGCCCGCCGUGUCCACCGUGAUUCACCUGUCGGACGGGGACACCAGCGUGCGGAAGCCUCCCAGCCCGGACGCCUUCACCCUGAUCACCCACAAGAACGAGUACAAAUUCAAAGUGCCGGUGUCGGAUGAGACCGGCGCUCGAGGAACCGUCCAGAAGGAGAGAGAUGCUUGGGUCAGCGCCAUCGACAGACUGUGUGUAGACUGGAAGAGGAGGUCCAUGGGCGAACACACGUUUGUGGAAACAGCGAUUCUACGAAACAUCAGCAUCGCAGAGGACGCAGAGGGAACAGAGGACCCAGAGGACCCAGAGGACCCAGAGGACCCAGAGGACCCAGAGGACGCAGAUACAGAUGUGCAGUCUGGGACUUGUCCUCCAGUUGAUAAACCCACUGAAGAUCUCACGUCCAGCAGCAGAGAUCCAUCAUCAGAUGUUCCUGAACCCUGCAUCACUGGAAAAGCUGCUGCUCCAUUCAUUGGACCCGACACUUCCCCUCAUGUCCCAUCCCCGACCUCCCCCCGGGACGCUCCCCUAUCUCCACCUGCCUCCCCUCAGCCCCCCCACACUCCCCUCUCACCCUGCCCCCCAGGCCAAGAGUCUCAGGGGCCAGAUGUGAAGGCACCUUCACCCCUGAGCAUCCCGGCCCCUCCACCUUUACCCUUCAGAAUAAAGUUCCCUUUAAAGAAACAUCGCACCAAGGCGUUCCACUGGGACCUGGUGGGCCCGGACAAGAUUGCUAAAUCCCUCUGGGUACGAGGAGCCACCGGGAGGAUAGAAAUCAACACGUCGCUCCUACGUGAGCAGUUUGCCGUCAAAGACGUGGGGGGGUUUGAGGCGGCCGAGCACAGUAACGCCCACCAGCACAUCAUGCUGAACCAGAAGAUCGCACACAACUUCAACAUUUUCCUGAAAAGUUUCCCAGUGCAGCCGGGAGAGCUGAAGGACAAACUGUUCAUCGUUAACGAGAAGGACGGAGGCCUGUCUGACGGGCACAUCACGUCCCUGCGGAGGUACGUUCCCACCGUGGACGACGUGGAGAUGUACAAAUCCCACAAGGGACCAGUGACGGAGCUGCACAUCGUGGACCAGUACAUGCUGGAGAUGUGCAACAUCCCCUACCUGAGCAAACAGCUGGACCUGCUGCUGACUCUGAGAGAGCUCCCGACCAGCAUGAGCGACCUGCAGCCCCUGAUUAAUCAGAAGAUCCAGAUGUGCAUGCAGCUGUGCCACGGCAGGUCAUUCGUGUCUGUGCUGGAGUACGUCCUCGCCAUCGGCAAUUACCUCAACAAGAACGCCGGGAAGGAAAAGGCCAAGGGAUUCCGCCUCUCCUCCUUAUCUAAACUCUCUCAGCUCCGUGGGAGGGACAAGAGGUUCACCUUGCUCCAUGCCCUUGUGGAGCAGAUCAUGUUGCAUGAACCAGGACUCGCCACUUUUACCCAAGACUUGACGGAAUUUGAAACUGUCCCUGGAGCGUCCAUCAAAGGCCUGACCGCAGAGGUGGAUGUCCUGAAGAAUGAACUGCAGAAAGUUGUCCAGUACAGAAAAACAUCCAGGAAGAGAAAUGCCGAAACUCAUCACCCACAAUUCUCCAAAGACCUGAAGUCGGCCAUUGAGACGUACGACUCGACUCUCGCCGCCCUGACCAAGACGUGUGAGGAGAUGAAGAAACUCUACUCUGUCAUCCUGGUGAAGUUCGGGGAGCCGGCGGAUCGAGACUCUCAGGAGCUCUUCGGCUUGGUCUGUCAAUUCCUCCACGACUUCAAGAGGGCGCACGCCGAAGUCUCAUGAGUCUGAUCUGUGUGAAGUACUUAUCUCUGACCACUGAGACCUCACGGCUUAUCAAACAGUCAGAGUUCAAAAAUACUAACAAAGCUACUUGAUGUGGAGGAAAAUGUUACUUUUUGUUGUACAAAUACUUUGUACAACAUACUACUAAUACUACGAAUUCCUUGUACAGUGUAUAGUGAUGCUAAUGAGCUGAAAUCAUGGUAGUGAAUAUAAAAGUGAUUUGUUUGAUUCCCCUGUACCUCCAUCUUUACUCUGAGACAAAUCACAAGUGAAGGAUUAGAACCCUCGGUUGUGAGACGCUCUGCCGGCAAAGGAACAAAGACAGGGAUGACUUUAGAGGCCAAAUGAGGCCGGUGUGUGUGUCUGUGUGUGUGUCUGUGUGUGUAUCUGUGUGUGUGUGUGUGUGUGUGUGUGUGUGUGUGUCUGAAAUCGUAAUUGGCUCAACAAAAAAAAAACCCGUUUGAACUUCUAAUUGUGUGGUGUUGGAAUGAAGCACACCCCUGACUGAGCAGCAGACAAUAAAAUUGAGAAAUUAUUGAUUUUAAUUAAAACUUUACAUCUGGAGAAACUGGUGCUUCAUUAGCAGGUAAAACUUUUUCAUGAAACUUCAUGAUUCCUUUUACAUAAUUGUAUAUAAUUAUUACUACAAUGGUUAUUGAUGUUUUUAUUA